UUAUAUUAUAUCUGUUUCUUUUUUUUUCACAGAUUUUGUAAACUGACAUGGACAAAAAGGAUGUUAUUAAAUGGUCUUGUGAAGAUGUUGGUGAAUGGUUGAAAGAAAACAAUUUCCAUAACUAUGUAACCCUAUUAACAGAAGACCACAAAAUAGAUGGGACUGCCUUACUUGAAAUCCAUGAAGCUGAUAUAAGACAACCUCCACUGGAAAUAAAAGUUUUGGGGGAUAUUAAAAGGCUAUCUGCGUGUAUAAGAAAACUGCAGAAUGAAUCUGGAGAAAGUAGGUUUGAAUCUGUCAGAGAUAGUUUAGAUGGUUGGUACAAAGAUGACAGGAUUGGUAAAUACAACUUGUCACCUCGACGAAAUGUUCGUCGCAUGUUUAGUCAUGAAACUAUUUCGGAUGACGAUGGUGAAAUAAUUGAAGAAGAAAUUCAAAAAUUUGUUAACGAAACAGGUAGAUAUUCUAAACAUCUGGACCCGGAGUUGUUCAAAACUGGACUUAGUUUUAUAUACAUGUUUACAGUGUUUCUAAGCACUUCUUUCAUAAUGACAAUUGUACAUGACAGAGUGCCAGAUCCUCAGAAAUAUCCACCAUUACCAGACCUGUUCCUGGACAAUAUUCCAUAUAUGCCAUGGGCCUUUCAAGUGUGCGAGUUAUGUGGAGUCUCUUUGUUUUUAGUAUGGAGCUGUAUAUUGUUUUUUCACAAACAUAGAUUUAUUUUAAUGAGACGUAUGUUCUCAAUGUUGGGGACGAUUUUCCUGCUGAGAUCUGUGUGUAUGUUGAUCACCUCCCUGUCUGUGCCAGGCCUUCAUCUACAUUGUACCCACAAGUUUGGUACAAUGCGUGAGAAACUAAUGCGUACAUAUGAGAUAUGGAGUGGUUUUGGAAUGUCUAUACAAGGUGUGGAGUCAUGCGGUGACUACAUGUUCAGUGGACAUACAUCAUGUAUUACUUUGCUAAAUUUCUUCAUUACAGAAUAUGUACCUCAGAAGAUGUACUUUAUCCAUACUUUUACGUGGCUUGCCAACUUCUUCGCCAUAUUUUUCAUCCUUGCCGCUCAUGAGCACUACUCCAUUGACGUGUUUAUUGCGUUCUACAUCACAAGUCGAUUAUUCCUGUAUUAUCACACUCUUGCCAACAACAGGUCACUGAUGGCACGAGACAAGAAACGAAGAAAAAUCUGGUUCCCUCUGUUCUCAUACUUUGAGUCAAAAUGUGAUGGAAUAGUGCCAAAUGUCUACGAAUGGCCUUUUCCUUAUCCAGUUUCAUUUGUUGAAUAUUUUGAAAAAAAGAAAAAGAGAAAGAGAUAUUAGAAAUUAUUAAGGUGAAGGUAUUUGGAUGGUCAUUAAGUCAAUGAUUGUGCAGUGAAUCUUGAAAAAAAAAUUUAUUUUCAAUAUAAUUUUCAAAACU